AUGUCAAGCAUCCAUAACACUCAGGGCUGUCUGCUGGAGCUCCUGGUGUUACAUGGCUCUGCCCAGCCUACAGCCCCUCCUCCCUGCAUCACCGUCAUUUCAGGAGCCAGAAAAAUAGCUAAGCCAUGUGAGGUUACUCAGCGCAGGCUCAGUGAUUACAGCAGCUCAGCUUCCUCUAAGAAAGCAAACCGGAGCUGCAGUCCAAACAAGGCUUCGGCCGUGGCCACGGAGCAGCUCUGCAGCAGGCGGCUCGGGUUUAGCGGCGUCUCCGACCUGGCUGGCCCCCGGGCUCGCAUUAGUCCCCCGUCCAGCCUCUCCAGGACAAACAAACAAGCAGCACAUACACAGCACCCCUGGGGCCAGCAGAGCAGCCAGCAGACCAGCUCGUUUCCCCCGGUAACUGAUGACCCUAUCACCGAAUUCCCCCGUCUUUGUCCUGUGACCUCACACCAGCGGGAGCAGGACCAUGUCCGAUGA